AUGGCAGAGCCCUCAAUUUGGCUUUGCUCCAGCUACCCACAGAAGCUUCUGGUUCCAAUCUGGAUCACAGACAAGGAGCUGGAGAGUGUGGCUUCCUUCAGGUCCUGGAAGAGGAUCCCCGUGGUGGUCUACAGGCACCAGAAGAACGGGGCGGUGAUCUCCCGUUGCAGCCAGCCGGAGAUUAGCUGGUGGGGCUGGAGAAACACGGACGAUGAGUACUUGGUGACGUCCAUCGCUAAGGCUUGUCAGAUGGACUCGGGAGCCAAGGGUACCUGUGGAGCACCAGCCUGCCGACAACGCGGGGAAGCUCCCGACUCCUCCGACAGUGAUUUUGACUCCUCUCUGACGGGCGGCUCUGGCUGCAAUGACAACACCGUGCCACAGAAGCUGCUGAUUCUGGAUGCUCGCUCAUACACCGCUGCAGUGGCCAACCGAGCCAAGGGCGGAGGCUGUGAGUGUGAAGAGUACUACCCUAACUGUGAGGUGAUGUUCAUGGGAAUGGCUAACAUCCACGCCAUCCGGAACAGCUUUCAGGCCCUGAGGACCGUCUGCAGUCAGAUUCCCGAUCCGGGAAACUGGCUUUCGGCACUUGAGAGCACCCGUUGGCUGCAGCACUUGUCCGUCAUGCUGAAGGCAGCCACUCUGGUGUGUUCGGCGGUGGAGAGGGAGGGCCGUCCUGUCCUGGUGCACUGUUCGGACGGGUGGGACCGCACCCCCCAGAUUGUAGCCCUCUCCAAGGUCCUGCUGGACCCCUACUACAGGACACUAGAGGGUUUCCAGGUGCUUGUAGAGACUGAGUGGCUGGACUACGGUCAUAAGUUUGGGGACCGCUGCGGCCACCAGGAGAACGCUGACGAUGUGAGCGAGCAGUGUCCCGUCUUCCUGCAGUGGCUGGACUGUGUUCACCAGCUGCUCAAACAGUUCCCCUGCCUGUUUGAGUUCAACGAGGCCUUCCUGGUCAAGCUGGUGCAGCAUACGUACUCGUGUCUUUAUGGCACCUUCCUGUGCAACAACGCUCGCGAGAGGGAGACGAGGAACAUCUACAAGCGCACCUGCUCUGUGUGGUCCCUGCUUCGCAAUGGAAACAAGAACUUCCAGAACUUCCUCUACAUCCCCAGUCAUGAUAUGGUGCUGCAGCCAGUCUGCCACACACGAGCAUUACAGCUGUGGACGGCUGUGUACCUGCCCACCUCCUCCCCCUGCACCGCUGUGGACGACUCUAUGGAGCUCUACCUCCCCCCGAAUGUCACCGGAGACGAACUCACCUCCCGUUCCCUGGACAGACUUCCCAAGACUCGCUCCAUGGACAACCUGCUGUCAGCUUUUGAGAACGGGGUGCCCUUGACACGUACAUCCAGCGACCCAAAUCUCAAUAAGCACUGCCAGGAGGAUCGCUCUGCCCUGGAGCCCUCGCCAAGCACGGAGGAAACCUCUGCAGACGUCUCUGAUGAGGUCACGCCCGACACUGGACUGGACAGCAGUGAGGGGGAACCUCUACACCAGAGUCCUGCCAAGACCCCAGAGGGUGUCCCAGUUUCAGAGAGCUGUGAAGACACAGAGGAGGAGCCCUGUCUCACCACACAGCCCCUACCCUCUCUGCCCCUUCCCCCUGUCCCUCUCAGUAAGGACGUCACACUCACUCACACUCCCUUCCCCACUCCUGUCCUUCAACAGGCUCUGCCUCAGAUCACUAACCCUCCACUCCCUCCACCUCCACCUCCGCUGGAGGCUGAGAGCCCCUGUAGGACUGCUGAGAGCACCACGUCACCCACUCAUAAAUCAGAGCCGUGCUUACCUCUCCCCUGCAACGGCACUCAGCCUGCAGCUGCCACACCCACCUUGCUGCUGAACGGCCACAGUGACAGCCAGACAAAUGGCCUCCCAGCAUCUGCAGAGCUGCUGGCUCUGAAGCAGCUCACACCACUCCUUCCCAUGGAGGACUCCACAGAGACUCUCACAGAUGAGGGAGAGCUUCCCCCCGCCCUGCCUCCCACUGUGACCCAGCAUCUGACCCAGAAUAAUUUGAAUGAUGAGCCUGAGUCACCCCAACCCCAGAAGGAGAGAGAGGACAUGAGUACAGACAUAGUGAAAGGAAGAGAGCAUGUGUUCACAGCUGCAGCAGCUCCUGCAGACUGCACCCAGGUAGCAGCUCGCCAUCUGAUCUCCCAGAGCCAGAUCGCAGACCUGUCCCUGCUCGGCGCCCACUGGGAGAGCGUCCAGGGUCUGGUGCAGUCUGCCUGCAGCAGUGGCAGCCACUCUGGCGUCAGCCGGGCCUUGCAGCACAACACUUACCAGAGUCGUCGACUUGCCAGUAAGCUGCUCCGCUCCCAGGGCUUUGCCAUCGCCAAUGGGUCCCAGUGCUGCCGCAGAGAGGCUCUAUGUUGUCCCAGCAGCCCUGUGCAGGCUGGGUGGCUGUCUGCUGCCAGGAGUUCAGGCUAUGCUGGUAUGUGUGGGCCUGCUGCUGCCGCCACCCUCAACAGCUACUCCCUGGCUGGCCAUCAGCUCCUGCCAGUGUCAUACUCCUCGCCCUCCGCUUCCAGCUCCCCUCCCCCACCCCAGGCCCCAGCUUACCUGGAUGACGACGGGCUGCCGGUGCCCAUGGACGCCGUGCAGCAGAGACUGCGGCAGAUCGAGGCGGGCUACAAGCAGGAGGUGGAGGUGCUGAGGCAGCAGGUGCGACAGCUGCAGAUGAGGCUGGAGAGUAAACAGUAUGGCACCCCUCCCUCGGAGCCAGACAUCGACUACGAGGAUGACAUCACGUGUCUGCGGGAGUCAGACAACAGUAAUGAGGAGGACUCUCUGUCAACCCACAGCGAGGACCGUCUGUCUGAGGGUAGCUGGGACCGAGUGGAGCCCAAGGACACAGAGGUCACGAGGUGGGUGCCCGACCACAUGGCCUCCCAUUGUUUCAACUGUGACUGUGAGUUCUGGAUAGCCAAGAGACGUCACCACUGCAGGAACUGUGGCAACGUGUUCUGUAAAGACUGUUGUCAUCUGAAGCUGCCCAUCCCAGACCAGCAGCUGUAUGACCCAGUGUUGGUCUGCAACACCUGCCACGACCUGCUCCUGGAGUCCCGCACCCGCGAGAUCCGCAGCCAGCAGCUCAAGAAGGCCAUCGCCACAGCCUCCAGCUGAGAGAAGCGUCGUGUAGCAUGGCCCGCCUCGGCUCUGUCCUGCUCGUUUUGGACUGAUGAGCCGAGCGCCCCGUUGUGACCCCAACCUGCUGCGGUUUUGGGAAGAUGAGGAGGAAUUGUUACUCUUUGGGAGGCUCGGUUUCAGAGUGGAGAUGCACUGUGAGACUGUCUGAGAGGCGGAGAAGAGGAACGUCUGAGAUGGAGGUGUGUCAGCAGGGGAGGUUUUCCUGCAGAACAAACCCCCUUCUGUUCAAAGACAUUUUCAGCCUGGAGCACUGCAGCGUCCGGCUGCCUCCACGCAGUGCCCUGUCCGAGUCACUUCUCCAACCUGUCCACCCACCUUUAGUACCAAACACCUGCACCCUCCUUACAGACACUGUCUCGCACUUCAGAGGACAAUCGCUCACCCUUCCAUGUGUCGGGGACUCCAAAGCCUUUGCCUGUACUACUGGAGGCUUUCAACUUUAAAAGAAAAGAAUUGCUGCUACAGUAUUUAAAAGUCUAAUUUUGUAUUCUUAUUUUGUGCACUACUAGCUGUUGUGUAUAUGAGGGAAUUUGAGACCAAACUUGAGCAAAAGGGAGAAAUCUGCUGUUUACUUUGUCAUUGCAUCUUUUUUUCUUGGAGCCUGAAUGUAAUAUGUAAUGGAUAACUGGAUCGAGUUUAUGUUCACGUGCAUUCGGUGGGUCGUAUAUAUGUGUUCAUUGCUGCAAUGUGUUUUCAAAAAUUAUGUAUAUGCACAGUCAAUGUGGUUCUGUCUUUAUCAAUGCUUUUCUCCAGUAUAGCCAUGUUGCAACAUUAUACGUUCUGGGGGACGUGUGUGUGGACGGAUCGAUGCCAUGCUGUUUGUUUUGUGGAAUGUGUGCUCGAUGUGUCAAGAGGAAGAGAACACAGUAACGUGUGGAGACAACAGUUUUCUGUAAUGUCUACUUCUGAUGCGAGACAAUGUCAUUUGAAGGUACUGUGGGUAUUUAGUGACGUCGCAGAGGCAAGGUUUUUCUGCUGAGAUAUUUGAGAAUGAAUGUCCAUCUGACUGAUGCGUCCUCCUCGGAUUGUUAACAGGCAGUAAAGACUGAACAAAGUGCUUGGAGUUUCUCGUUCUGUUCAGGGGAGUUUGGCCACAGCCCCCCUUAAAAAAAAAAAUCUAUGUUUGUGUCUACUGGUUGUUCCUUGAGACAAUAGUGCCAUAUUUUGUUUUUGUCUAUUUUUAAAGCCUUUUUCUUUCUUCUGGAUGGCAGCAGGUUUCUAAUUGGCCACCUCUCUGUAUGUUUAACUGGUACAGAUAGUUAGCUGCUUAAUAACAUUGAGACAACUAAAGAUUAACAGAUGGCUCGGUUCAAUAACGAGGCUAACCGUUUCAACGGAUGAUCGGAUGUCACUGAAUUAGUUAACCUGUGUGGUUAUCCGUGGUCUAAUAUUUGGGAUUUUUUCACACGGUGUUCAUGAAGUCAAAAUCUUUGAGAGGAACUCAGACAUGUAACAUACAUAGUUAUCUGAUCCGUAGUGGUGGCUAAAACCUGUCACUUAAUGAAUAAUUGUUGUAAAGAAAUGCACUGUAAAAGUUAAAUCCCAUGGGUUAAAAUAAAAGAUUAUAUCAUGGA